GUCGCGGUUUGUGAUGGAGCAGCUGCACAGGGACGCCAGCAACGCGCGCACCCCCGCCCCCGGCCCCUUCCGCUCCGGCAUCUCCCCGCAGCCCGCACCCGCCAAUGCGGCCCUAGCGCCGGCACUGGAGGCGCUCAUGGGUAUUGCCUUCCGCCUGCGCAUGACCAGUCUGACGGAGGGCGGCGGCGAGUCGGUGAGGGACGCACGGGCGUUCCAGGUCGACCUGCAGUACCCCGCCUCCCGCGACAAGGCGGCCAGGGCGGCGGAGGAGGCGCGGCAGCUGGGACUCAACAGACUGCCCGGGGGAGCGGGGGGGCAGCAGGACGACCCCUCCCCCGGCUCCGUCCCGCCCUUCUCGGAGCUACUGCGCCGCUCGCUGCUGGCCGCAUCCGCCACCCGCGCCUGGGUUAACGCGGAGCGGGGGUACGCGCUGGUGCGCAAGGUCCGAGUGCCUGUGUCGCUGCCGCCGCUGCUGACGGUGAAUGUGGCGGUGGGGGACAGCGAGGAGGCGGAGUGGUGGCUGCCGGCCAGGGGGGCAGACGGUGUCAUCCCCCCCGGCGAGGCGCACCGCAUGGCCUGGGCGCUCGCCAUCCUCAGCCGCCCCGCGCAGUGGGAGGUGGAGGUGCACCAGGCGGACACGGCAGCGCAGCUGUACGAGCAACUGGGUGCUUCCCUGUACGAGCCGGGUGUAGUUUCCUGCGUGUACGAGCUCUGCGGUGCCGUAUUUCAAAUCCGGGAUUUCGAUGACGUGGCAGAUCCCGGCGCCUCAUCCUCUUCCGCACCCCGCCCCGGAGCCAAGCCGCAGCAGGGGCACCUGGUGUCGAUGAUCAAGGUUCCGCAGCAGUACUGGGACGAGCAACCCGAGCCCCGACUGAGCAAGCCCCCGCAGGGCUCCAUGGCCGCCUUCGUCACACCGCGACCCGGGGUGCUAACAGCGACCACGACGACGGUAGUGACGGCGGCGGCAACAGCGACUGCGGGCGCGAGACGACCCAGUCACGGAUCUGCCGGCGGAGGCGCUGCUGCAGCUCCCGCCUCCGCCACCGUCACCGCCACUGCUGCCACCACAACAACCUCCGUCACCUCCGCCUCCGCCACCACUGCUGCCACCGCAGCAGUGACAGCGACCACAACCAUCACCGCGCCGUCGUCGCUCGCUCGGACGUCCCGCGGCAACAGCGGCGGCGGAAGCCGCAGUCGCGGUUCCAGUGGCGGCAGCGCCGGCGGCGGCGGCAGCGGCUCCCUGAGUGCUGCGGUGCUGGCGGGGUCGUACGGCAUCUCCCUGCCGGACAACCUGGAUGACAUCUUCGCAUCCGGAUUGGGGCUAGGUCCUGACAGCCCGGUAGCAGAUGGCGGGGCGGCAGUAGCAGCAGGCGCAGCAGCAGGCGCCAAGGGGGGGUCUGCGGCUGAGGGGUCGGCAGCGGCGUCAGCACCGGCGUCAACAGCCCGAGGGCACCCGCAGGGUCCCGAAUGGGUCCUCUUCAACGACUUCUCCGUCUUCCCCAACUGCCAACCGCACGAGGUAACCGCCACCUACUGCAACCAGAAGCUCCCCUGCCUCCUGCAGUACCGCAGCGUGCCACCGCCCCCCCACCUGGCGCACCUCGUGCCGCCCGCUCCCCCCACCCCCGCCACCGCUCCCACCUUUGCCGCCGCCGCCGCCUCCACACCACCCCCCGCCUCCAAAGCCCCAUCCCAACAACCACCCCACCUCGCCGCACGGACUGCUAGCGGAGGCGGCGGCAGCAGCAACGGCAAGGGAGGCCCCCAGCGGCCUGCCGCUUCCACCAACGGCACCGCAGCAGCAGCCCCCUCCUCCUCUUCCUCCUCCUCCUCCUCCGCGUCUCCCGCCUCUCCUCGCCUCACUCCGGACCAGUUCAGGCAGCUGUGCUCCGCCCCGCCGCUGCAGGGACCCAUGGCGGGACUGCCUCCCUUCAGGUUCCGCCCCCUCGACCUGUCCCGACUGGCCCCCCGCCCCGGCCUGCGCUUCGCGAUCGAUGCGGAGUUCGUGGCCUCCUCGCCGCCCGAGAGCCGCGCGGUGGUGUCCGUGGCGUCAGCGGGGGACCUCAGUGGGCUGGCGGGAGGGGGAGCGGGAGGAGGAGGAGGAGGCGUGGACCUGGUACAGAUGAAGCAGUCACGUCUAACCCUGGCCCGUGUGGCGGUGGUGGUGGCUGAGCCCGGCCCCCUGGCCGGCAGCUGCUGUGUUGACGACUACGUUCGCGCGGUGGAGCCGGUGUACGACUACCUGACCCGGUGGAGCGGCAUCCAGCCGGGGGACCUGGACCCGGCGGUCAGCAGACACUACACCACCACCCUCAAACACACCUACCUAAAACUCAAGUACCUGCUUGACUGCGGGUGUGUGUUCGUGGGUCACGACCUGCGCAAGGACUUCCGCUGCCUCAACAUGGUGGUGCCGCCGGAGCAGGUGAUCGACACCUCCGAGCUCUUCCGCUUCCGCGGCGGCCGCAAGCUCUCCCUGCGCUUCCUCGCCUCCUUCCUGCUGGGCGCAUGCAUCCAACAAGGACCCGCGGCGGGGUCGGGGUCACCCCACAUGAUGGGUCACCACGGACCCAUGGGUCACCACCCCCACCCGCACUCCCACCACCCUCACCCGCAUCACUCCCACGGCCACCCGCACCCCCAUCCCCAGCACCCGCAUGCGCAUGCGCCGCAGCCGCCACAGCAGUGGAUGGGCGGUCACGAUGCGAUUGAGGACGCGCGCACCGCAAUGCGUUUGUACCACAAGUACCUGGAGCUGGUGGCUAGCGACUCGUUGCAGCGGGUGUUACAUGAGCUGUACAGCUGG